AUGUCCUUCCCUUCGAGCUCUUCAAGUAUCUUGGACACUUUGCCUCGUGAACUACUCUUUCACGUUCUAGCGCGCGCCCCAGAUGCGGAGGCACUAUACAAUGUGGCACUUACUUGUCGAACUUUGUACAGCAUCGUCGCAGAAGUCAAGACGCGCCUACUUCACAACAUCACUCGUCGCAUUGAUGCUCGAGUCAUAGACAUUGCUUUCACGGCAGCAGAUGCGAGAUUUCCCGAUGGAUGGCUGCGCUCAUGGUUGCCUCCCAAGCGGAACCUCACAGUCGAAGAUCUGGACCGAGGAUGCGACACUAAGCCAACGCCGUCACAAUGGAGCAUCAAAGUGCUCCUCGCUAUGGAAGAAACGCACAACGCUGUCGAGGCUGUCGUCAAAGAAAUGGUUUGCGAGAAGUAUUUGACGCUAAAUUUCCAAGAUGCUCCGAUGACCGACUCGGAAAUCUGCCGUUUUCAACAUGUUCUCUAUCGUGCCCAGAUCAUCUGCGUGAUGCAUGAACUUUACCCCAUUCGAUACCACUGGCAAAGGCAUACGUUCCGCAAUUUUUACUCGCGCUAUAAUUUCAUGGAGAAUGAACAACUCGCCUGCGUUUGGGAGAUGCUGAGAAGAGUAGUCCACGAUGCUAUUCACAGGCUUUGCGCCCUUGACCCAGUAUGGGCCCGCUAUGUACAGGUGGUUGACAUCGAGCAGAUCGCAGACAGUCGACUCGAGUUCUUCACGAUGAAAGGCCUUCCCUUCAUACAGGCUUUGAUUUCUGCUUCCACCAGACGGGACCUCACUACACUGCUCGGGCCAGACCCACGUCUUUCACGCACCGAUAUGAGAUUGAGCAGCCUCAUCAGAGACACUAUAUCUCUUGGACCCUAUAAUGGGACCCUUGAUAUCACAUAUCAUGGUCAAUACGAUGGUAUCGUGGCAUUCGAGUGGGACGAUGACGCACAGCAAGUAGUACAAAAGCCGCUGUUCCAGGACAUCGACCGUGGGCCGACAGCCACAUGGACAUGGGCCCACCCUGAUGCUGAUGCGCGACCGCACAGCCGCCCUUGUGAAUCGCAGCACACGCACCUGAGGAGAGAGGGUUACCUACUCUGGGACUGGUCGAGGUGCAAAGAUGUGUGGCUACAAGAGCCCUUCGAUGGCCUUCCAGGUGGAUCUGCCUCAGUGCAACAUGAUUCGCCACUACAGGGGUGGUUCUGGGACGAGGUAGUGAAGGACAGGGACAGGCUGGCUAUGUCCCGCUAUCGGCUGGGCUUACGAGGUGUUCCCAGGUCCGAGGAAGUCAUGACCAUGGUCGAGCAGAACGUGUUGGAACACGCCAGCUAUGAUAUGGCGAUCGAGCUUUCCCCUGCAUCAUAA